UUCAAAUUUGGUUUUUUUAAUUUUUAACAAGCAGGCGUUGGUUUCUAAAGAAGAACAUAGGACGCACCUGACGAGGUAAGGUAGUUCUUCCUCCCUCAGCUUGUCUGGUUUGGUUUGGUGAAAGGAAGAGGAAAAGAAGAAAAUAGAAAAUGGCAGGUGCAGAAGGGUUCGUGGAAGCAGAUAAUGCAGAGGCCAUUAUCACCAGAAUUGAACACAAAUCCCGCAAGAUCGAAACUUUACUCAAACAGUAUAAACCUGUGGAAGCUCUUAAAACCGCCCUUGAAGGAACAUACGCCAUCAUUGGGGAUGAGCGUUGCAAGUCAGCACACUGGAUUGUGGUGCACAGAGCUAUAAUGGCUAUAAAAGAUGUGGAUGGGAUGCUUUCUUCGUUGGAUCCUGAGUACUAUGAUAUCCUAAUGAAGUACUUGUAUAGAGGCUUAGCCACCGGAGAUCGUCCCACAUGCGAUCAAUGUCUUCGGAUUCAUGAAAAAUUGACAGAGAAAGCAGGACUUGGUUGCAUCCUACGUUUCCUGACUGAUACUGUAAAUACAGUUUGAUUUCUGAACUA